AUGCCCCUAUUACAGCCCCCAGAGCAGCAAAUACACUUAGAACCAGCAGCAGUGGCCAAAUCUGCUGUUGCAGAGGCCAAUUCAACGGCGUGGAUCCACCCCCAUCUCGAGCAAGGGGUCGACCCCUACAAGGGCCGCCAGCUGCGGGCGGCCCAGCCCAUCCCGCGGGGCGAGGUGGUGCUGGUCGACACGCCCUACGCGGUGAUCCCCGCGGUCGAUGACCCCCGGACGAGCGAGGCGCUGCUGUGCAGUCACCCCCCGUGCAGUCGGCGGAUGCCGUGCAGUGCGGAACGCCUCGCGUGUCCGCAGGGCUGUCCGGGGGAUGUGAUGUGGUGCAGUGCCGCCUGUCAGGCCGCAGACCGCGUCCGCCAUGCGUUCGAGUGCACCUGGCUCAAGCGGUUCGCUCCCUCCAUUCGCGAGAAGCGGGGCGAGUAUGAGUUCGGGAUGCUGUGGUUGAUUGUACGGAUCCUUGCCGCGCGACACGUUGAACUGUCUGCUGAGGGUGGAGAGUUGACGGCGACGACGACGACGACGGAUGAGCAGGUGGCUUCUGGCCGCGGGUUCGCCCAAGGCUGGCAGGCGAUGCGAUCCUUUUGCGGCUCGGAGGACUCGUGGUCGCAUGCGCAGGUGCGCGCGUGGACGGCGCUCGUCAAGAAGUACCUGCGCCAUGGGCCGGUGCUACCGCACAACCUGCCGGACAGGGAGGUGCUCAAGCUCAUCUGUCAGGAAGAGGCCAACUCGUUUGGCCUGUACCCGCGCGAGACGGGGCUGUACCCCGUGCCGCCGGAUGCCCUCGACCGGGGCGAGCAGUUCGGCGCGGCGGUGUAUCCUCGUGCGGCCAUCGCGAAUCACUCCUGCGGACCGAAUAUGACGCAUAAACCCGACCAGCACGGUCGUAUGAUCUUCACGGCGGCGAAGGACAUCGCCGCUGGGGAAGAAUGCUGUAUCUCGUAUUUCGACCUGACACAAUUCACGGACCUCCAGACUCGACGAGAGCGUCUGCAGACGCUGUUUCGAUUUGUGUGUCGAAUGGGUGCCGAUGCCAUUCGGCGAUGA